AUGAAGUUCGGUGACAGCGCGUCUGCGGCGAUUCCCGAGGCAGAGUCUCUCGCAGUCGGCCCGAGUGCGAAAGCUAUUCAGCUUGGAGUUGCAAGCACUCCAACCACUCCAAUCGCAACGACCAAGAAGGUGGUUGUAGACGUAAUUUGGACGGUAGUACCAACAAUUCGCCGUCUGGAGUUGUGGCCUACAAAUCGGGGGCACUUCUGCAAUGGAAUUAGCCACACAGUUAUUAUUCCUCACGAAACCUUGGAAAUUCUUGGAAAUUAA